AUGCUGAAGGAGAGCUCAGCCCUAUCCAGUGGGGACGAGUCACCGAGGGAGCCUCCAGACAAUAUUGACUACUGGUGCACCUCCGAGAGCAAGGAGCUGAUACCCUGUGCUGCUGCUGACAGUUCCCUGCCACAGCUUGCCCCUCCUGACCUGCUUAAGCCUUACCAGCUUCUGCAGUGUGACAAGACCUUCAGCCAUAGCUCCAACUUGAAGAGCCAGGAAGGUGGCCACAGCGUCAGGAAGCAGUUCCAAUGUCCACACUGCAACCAGUGCCUGAGCUGGCGCUCGGAAUUGAUAUGCCAUCUGCGCACACACAGCGGGGAGCGGCCUUUCGUGUGCGAGCUGUGCGGGAAGGCCUUUGGCUGCAGCUCCGAUUUCUUGUACCACCAUUGCACACACACUGGUGAACAGCCAUUUCUGUGCCUCGAGUGCUCACAGAGCUUCAGGAGCAGCUCGGAGCUGGCCAGGCACCGGCAGAUGCACAAGGGUGAACGGCCCUUCAUUUGUGCUGAUUGUGGUCACGGUUUCAGCCGCAGUUCACUGCUGCUCAUUCACCAGCGCAUCCACACUGGGGAGCUGCCCUACCGCUGCAGCGACUGUGGCAAGUGCUUCCGCAUCGCCCAAGGCUUGGCUAAGCACCGGCGCAUCCACACUGGCGAGAAGCCCUUCAAGUGCCUGUUUUGUAACAAAUGUUUUACUAAUAGCGCCAACCUCGUCACGCAUCGGCGAGUCCACACUGGCGAGAAGCCCUACGAAUGUCCUGAUUGUGGCAAGCGUUUCAGACAGAGCACACACCUCGUUGCCCACCAGAGGGCGCACACGGGCGAACUCCUCUACAGCUGUGGCAGCUGUGGCAAGGGCUUCGGCAGCCGCGCCUGCUUCCUCCGGCACUGCCAGAACCACGAUCGGGAGGGAGAAGUCAGUGGGUGGGAAGAGUUUCAGUCAGAAGAACAACCUAAUGAUGCACCCUUAACUGCACAAGAUUGA